CGGCGUUUAUUUAUGAAAAAAGGUCACGAACUCUGACCCUCCCACCAACUGCAGCAAACACAUAAAAUAUUAAUUUAUUGAAUGCAAUACGUUAUCUGACCUAACAGCCCCUCGAAAGGUAAGCAAUAUUCAACAAAGUAAACACACGAGAGGUUCAUGCAAGAGCCACGGGUAUCCAGUAAGACAGGAAGGGAGGGAGGGAGCGUUCAGCAGUCUGCGGAGAGGAAGCUGCCAUUAGCCACCAACUAGCAAACAGCUAACGUAGCUUGUUAGCAGCGUCGUCUGGAACUCGGUGCAUAAAAAGUGUGCAUGUCUCAUGCUGCACUGAUGUGAAGGGCAGUGGAAGAAGGUGUGUGCAGUAUCAGAAUGGAUGGACAGACUCAAAGGAUUCAGCUUGUGUCAGCAGACAACAACAUGGCUUUAGGACAUAGGAUCCAGAUCGUAACUGAUCAGCAGACUGGGCAAAAGAUACAGAUCGUCACAGCACUUGAGCCAUCUUCCCCUGGGAAGCAGCAGUUUAUCCUAGCAAAUGCUGAUUAUUCCUCUGGCGGGAAGGUGAUUGUGGCCAAGCAAGAAGGCUCACCCAACAAGGUCAUCCUUGCUGCUCCAGACGGUUCUGGGGUCAACCAGCUGCUGUUUGCUUCCCCUGAACUGGCUGGGCAACAAAUUCAGUUUGUGACCGAAGGCUCAGACCAAUCUAUUGUGAAGCCUGUUGUGGAGUACUGCGUUGUCUGUGGGGAUAAGGCCUCAGGUCGUCAUUACGGAGCUGUCAGCUGUGAGGGCUGUAAGGGCUUCUUCAAACGCAGCAUAAGGAAGAACCUGGUGUACGCGUGCAGGGGCUCCGGAGAAUGUGCCAUUAACAAGUUGCAUCGGAACCGCUGCCAGUACUGUCGACUGCAGCGCUGUAUAGCACUGGGCAUGAAGCAGGACUCUGUUCAGUGUGAAAGGAAACCUGUUGAAAUGGUCACCAGAGAAAAAUCCAUCAACUGUGCAGCCUCCACAGAAAAGAUCUACAUCCGCAAAAACCUGUGUAGCCCUCUGGCUGCCACGCCCACUUUUGUAUCAGACAAGGAAACUGCUCGGUCUACGAGUUUGCUUGAGUCAAGCAUGUUGCUGAACAUCCAACAACCCUUCUCCAAGCUGGAAAACACCAUCCUGAUUCCAGCAUCCCCUGACAAGGACGACCCAUCUCAAGGUGAUCUUGGUACGCUGGCGAAUGUAGUGACAUCGCUUGCCCACCUCAACAAGACCAGGGAGGCAAGCGACAGUGGUAAUGAGAUGAUGGGAGCUGAAACACUUAGCAACGGUGACAGCUCAAUAACAGACAUGCAAGGAGACGAACACACUGCCAGUGAUAUUACUAGAGCUUUUGACACCUUGGCCAAAGUCCUACACCCUGGUGAUGGCUCAGCUGGAGGGUCCUUGGAGGCCACGAUGCAGCUGAUGUCAGGUGACCAGUCAGGUCCUGUUGUGGAGCUGGAGGGACCCCUGCUUUCUGACAGCCAUAUCCCUUUCAAGCUUAUGAUGCCUUUGCCUGUGCCAGAGUACCUCAAUGUCAACUACAUCUGUGAGUCAGCGUCCCGGCUACUUUUUCUCUCUAUGCAUUGGGCACGCUCCAUACCUGCCUUUCAAACUCUUGGUGGCCAAGACAAUGACAUUAACUUGAUGAAAGCAUGCUGGAAUGAACUUUUUGCUCUGGGUCUGGCACAGUGUUCCAACGUUAUGAAUGUUGGUACAAUCUUAAGUGCCAUUAUCAAUCAUCUGCAGACCAGCUUACAGGAAGAUAAACUGUCCCCAGACAGAGUAAAACUAGUAAUGGAGCACAUCUGGAGGAUGCAGGAGUUCUGUAACAGCAUGACCAAGCUGUCUCCGGACUCUUAUGAAUAUGCCUACCUCAAAGCCAUCAUUCUUUUUAGUCCCGAUCACCCAGGCAUAGAUAAUAUCACACAGAUAGAAGGGUUCCAGGAAAAGGCCUACGUGGAGCUGCAGGACUAUGUAACCAGAACCUACCCAGAAGAUUCUUAUCGGUUAUCCAAGCUGUUGCUACGUCUUCCUGCCCUCAGGCUGAUAAGUGCAGCUGUUACCGAGGAGCUGUUUUUCGCUGGGCUCAUUGGAAAUGUGCAGAUUGACAGCAUCAUCCCUUACAUCCUCAAAAUGGAGUCCACUGAUUAUAAUAGCCAAGCAGCAUCUGGUGUCUGACACACUCUGCUGUUUGACAACAUUGGACUGUGAAAACUCGCCAGCUAACCAUUCAGAGUGCUCAGCAGAACAGUUACUGAAUGGUCAUACUGCAUUUAUGACGGCCGCCUAUAUGAAUUCACUCUUACCUUGCUCCCACAUCUGACUCCUCAGCGACUAGUCAUUCGAGUCUUCUUAAGAAGGAUGAAUAAAAUCAACUCCAGUGGCAAGUAAGGCUGCCACUUCAGGAAUCAGGCAUCGAAACCUGCAUAGUAGAUUGUGCUUUUUUUAUUGUACAUAGUAUUUUAUCCUUCAUCGCCUCCAAGCCUUUCCUUUUUCUGCAGAUCUUGUUUGUACUUCAAAGGAAACACAGUGUGUUUUUUCCACUGCUUUCCUACAUGGUCACGCUUUUUUUAUUUUCUAGUAAUGAUGAGAAAAAAAAUAAUUGUCAUAAUGUGAAUUGAUUUGUGAGAUGUUAUCAGUAAGUAAUAAGUAAAGGUUAUAACCUUUGUUUCUUA